AUGUCCCAGAAAACCAGGCCUCGUGGUAAUUUGAAUCCCUCAUUUUCUUUGCAAACUGUUCUAACAGAUAGCAUCACAGGGCUCUUAUUAGCACUCGUUGUCUUUCCUUCUUUGACUGCCCUCGCCGUGUCCACCAUGUUUGGACGGUUCAAAGCAGCGGGAAUGGACCUACAACUACGCAGACACUGCUUGCCUUCUUCUGACGUCCACACCGACUUCCGAUUAGACUACACUGGCAUCGGAGCCAUUGACAAAACUCUCUGCCCACUCGUCACUUUUUUCCACAAUAUCAUGGACAAUCCCACCUCGAGCUCUUUUCUUUCCUAUGCAAUCGGAAUUAGCGGCCCUAUGAUCACACUCCCCCUGUUGGAAGCUUAUAGGCUGGGUCAAAGCCGCUUCGUCCUCUACCCAGUCGUGUGGGGCUUGCUCAGCCAAAUCGCAACUGUCGGGAUGGUAUUCCCUCUCUACUGGCUCGCCUUCAUCCUCACCGAAGGUGCCAAAGUGCAGCGCACAUACAAAGUCCACUCGUUCACACAGGCCGAAGCAGAGGCCAUCAUAUUCGGGAUCGUCGUCGGCGCAGUCAUUCCUUCGCUCGCCAUGCUAUUCAUGGCCGAUGCGCAUGUUACAGCGAUCUGGCAAUUAUACCCUCUAUACAUUUCUAUUGCCCAACUUGUCCAUAUGUUUAUUCGCCCACCAUCCAAGCAUUCGCAAUCCGGAAUAGUCACUAUUCGGGCACUUUAUCUAGGACUGUUCAUUGUAUCAUCGUCAAUGCACAUAUCUACAGUGUGGCCCUUGAUAAACGAUUUCAGUGCAAUCAAGGAGCUGCUUCUACCCUCAUCAUCGGCCAUUCACCCUUCCAAAGACAUUAACAACCACCUAUUGGAAUUUUUAAAGUGGGAUGUCAUAAUUGCAUACUCGGCCACAGCAUUGGCCAUGUUAUGGUUCUCAAAGAACGUCAAACAACUCAUCACGAUCCUUCUCUGGUAUGCCGUUGCCAUACCUGUAUUCGGUUUUGGUGCCGCUGUGAUGGGAGUCGCUAUCUGGAGGGAUGGAAUUUUGAAUUGA